GGCCUGUUAGGGUUUCGCUCGAAAAGAUAAUAGAGGCGGUAUAUAAUCGUCUCUCUUCACACUCGCGUCGUCUCUCCCUCUCUCUCUCUCUCCCGAGAAGUUUUCCUUUUGCAUUUCCAUAGCCUCCGGCAGACAUGGUGCACGUCAACUACUAUCGCAACUAUGGGAAGACUUUUAAGAAACCUCGUCGCCCCUAUGAGAAGGAGCGAUUAGAUGCUGAGCUGAAGCUAGUGGGAGAGUAUGGGCUCCGCUGCAAGAGGGAGCUGUGGAGGGUUCAAUAUGCUUUGAGCCGCAUCCGUAAUGCUGCAAGAAUGCUUCUUACCCUUGAUGAGAAGAAUUCCCGCAGAAUUUUCGAGGGUGAAGCCCUUUUGAGGAGGAUGAACAGGUAUGGUCUGCUUGAUGAGAGCCAGAACAAGCUUGAUUAUGUGUUGGCCCUCACUGUGGAGAACUUCCUCGAGCGUCGCCUCCAGACUCUUGUUUUCAAGACAGGUAUGGCGAAGUCAAUUCACCAUGCCAGAGUGCUAAUCAGGCAGAGGCAUAUCAGGGUUGGGAGGCAGGUGGUCAAUGUUCCCUCCUUCAUGGUGAGGCUGGAUUCCCAGAAGCACAUUGAUUUCUCGUUGACAAGUCCUCUUGGUGGUGGACGUCCAGGUAGAGUCAAGCGAAAGAACAUGAAGGCUGCUGCUAAGAAGGCUGCUGGUGGUGACGGAGAUGAAGAAGACGAAGAGUGAGGCCUUGCAUCCAUGUAGGUUUUUGUUGCAGCAUUAGCAAGCGUGACCUUGUGUUUUUUCACAUUAACUAGUUUACUACUUAAGCCUAAACAGCAGACAGUGAUUUUGAGAACCUUCGUUGUAGGAAGUUUUGAAUGCGUUUAUGCUUAUGCUUUCUUGACUGUCCCUUGGAAUAUAUUUGUUUGUCUCAUUUCGAGUGGUGGUGAUAUAUUAUGGAAGAUUCAGUAGUAAA